CAACCAUCUAAACACAAGAAAAAAAAAAAAAAGGUCACAGUCAGUUACUCCUGUUAGAUCAGUGUUCACUGGAACAUCUGUAGGCACAUAUACACACUCUCUUUACUGUGAGCCUUCUGCAUGCUACGGUCAGAGUGCGCAGUCAGUGAAUCUUCCCCAAGUGCUGACAUUUAAUACCUGGUUUAGCGUCAAAGAUUCAGAGAGGGGCGAGCACCCCUCUGGCCUUCAGGACUUCACUCUGCAAACAGGGAGUAUAUUAUUAAGGCUCCUGGCAUCUCUCUAAGAUAAAAGAUCUACACAGGAUCAGAAAAUAUGUCACUACAGAUGAUAACCGUCAGUAAUAACAUGGCCUUAAUUCAACCAGGCUUUUCACUGAUGAAUUUUGAUGGGCAAGUUUUCUUCUUUGGCCAAAAAGGCUGGCCAAAGAGGUCCUGCCCCACUGGAGUUUUCCAUUUUGAUGUAAAGCAUAACCAUCUCAAACUGAAGCCUGCAGUUUUCUCUAAGGAUUCCUGCUACCUUCCUCCUCUUCGUUACCCAGCCACUUGCAUAUUCAGAAGCAGCUUUGAGUCUGAAAAGCAGCAAUACAUCAUCCAUGGAGGGAAAACACCAAACAAUGAGCUUUCAGAUAAGAUUUAUGUCAUGUCUGUUGUUGGCAAGAACAACAAAAAAGUUACUUUUCGCUGCACGGAGAAAGACUUAGUAGGAGAUGUUCCUGAAGCCAGAUAUGGUCAUUCCAUUGAUGUAGUGUAUAGUCGAGGGAAAAGUAUGGGUGUUCUCUUUGGAGGACGGUCAUACAUUCCUUCUGCCCAAAGAACCACAGAAAAAUGGAAUAGUGUAGCUGACUGUCUGCCCCAUGUUUUCUUGGUGGAUUUUGAAUUCGGGUGCUCUACGUCAUACAUACUUCCGGAACUUCAGGAUGGGCUAUCUUUUCAUGUCUCCAUUGCCAGAAAUGAUACCAUUUAUAUUUUAGGAGGACAUUCACUUGCCAAUAACAUCCGCCCUGCCAACCUAUACAGAAUAAAGGUCGAUCUUCCACUAGGUAGCCCAGCUGUGAGUUGCACAGUCUUGCCAGGAGGGAUCUCUGUCUCCAGUGCAAUCCUGACUCAAACAAACAAUGAUGAAUUUGUUAUUGUUGGUGGCUAUCAGCUUGAAAAUCAAAAGAGAAUGGUCUGCAACAUUGUCUCUUUCGAGGACAAUAAGAUAGAAAUUCGUGAGAUGGAGACCCCAGACUGGACCCCGGAUAUCAAGCACAGCAAGAUCUGGUUUGGGAGCAACAUGGGAAAUGGAACUGUAUUCCUUGGCAUACCAGGAGACAAUAAACAGGCUACUUCAGAAGCUUUCUAUUUCUAUAUGUUGAAAUGUGCUGAAGAUGAUGUGAAUGAAGAUCAGAAGACACUCACAAAUAGUCAGACAUCAACAGAAGACCCAGGCGACUCCACUCCCUUUGAAGACUCAGAAGAAUUUUGUUUCAGUGCAGAAGCAUGUAGUUUUGAUGGUGAUGAUGAAUUUGACACCUAUAAUGAAGAUGAUGAGGAAGAUGAGUCUGAGACAGGCUACUGGAUUACAUGUUGCCCUACUUGUGAUGUGGAUAUCAACACUUGGGUACCAUUUUAUUCAACUGAGCUCAACAAACCUGCCAUGAUCUACUGCUCUCAUGGAGAUGGGCACUGGGUCCAUGCCCAGUGCAUGGAUCUGGAAGAACGCACGCUCAUUCAUCUGUCAGAAGGAAGCAACAAGUAUUACUGCAAUGAGCAUGUGAAGAUAGCAAGAGCACUGCAAACACCCAAAAGAGUCCUACCCUUAAAAAAGCCUCCACUCAAAUCCCUCCACAAAAAAGGUUCUGGGAAAAUUUUUACUCCUGCCAAGAAAUCAUUUCUUAGAAGGUUGUUUGAUUAGUUUCACAAAAGUCUUUCAAAUACAAGUGCAUCAAAUUUUUACACCUAUUUUAAAGAAUCAUAACAAUGAUGAAAAUUGUAUUUCUAUUUUUUAUUUAAAAUGUCUAUGAUUUCUUUUAGUCUUAUGAAUUAAGUGCCAAGGAAGAGUGCUCAUAAUACAAUGCUAAAUAUUUGAAAAUCUUUUACUGAAAGGUAUCUUAAAUGAGAAUUUAUGACCUGAAUUUUUUCAUUCAAGGAAUCUUAAAUACAGAAGAAGUAAUUAUAAUCAAGGUAUGCUUAUAUCCCUUAUAUGAUUUUUGGUUACAGAUAAGCUACAGAGUAGUUAAGACAAAGUUAAACUGAUAAAGAAAUUAACACCUAAAGGAAUUGAAUGAAUUAUUUUGCACAAUGUAGCAACUUGGUGGUUGGCCAAAAAUUAAAACCAAGAUCGCUUGUAUCCCACGCUAGUGCUCUUUGCACACCUCUAACUCUAAAUUGGGCUCUUGAUUAUGCCUGUGAACAGAAAAAGUUCCAUAUAGCUUAUUUAAACUAUAAGACAGACAGUCUCCAUUGACAUGAAGGAUGAGCAAAGGAAUCUACAUCAAGUUUGUUAUAUUUUAUCAAGUUACCUGCAUGAACUUUCUUCAGAGGAUCCCCCCACCAUCUGGUGCACAGAUGAUGAACCAAGACCAGUCACUUGAACAAAUUCUUUGAGAGAUUUAAUGAAAACUGAAGUCCACUGCCACUUAGCAUCCUGGGAAAAGAAGAUAAGUGAGAGCACACUAAGAAAGGACCGCCAAUUAAAUCUCAUAAAGAACAAUAGUAUUAUCCCCCCCCACAAAAAAAAGUUCAAAGGAUUUUCUAAAGUUAAUAGGUAGAAUAUUUUAAAUGGGGAAAAAUAAAUUUGUGUGUAUAUGCAUCUAGUUGUUAUGUGGAGUUUGCUGCCUACGAAACUUACAAAAAUCAAUGAGCUUGCUAAGUUUCAAUUAGAUACUUUCUAGAAAGAAAGUUUAAAAAACUGUUCAUUUUGAGGCUUUAAAGACAUCAACUAAUAAUCAGAUGAUCUUAGAGAAAUGUCUUUCGUUUUGGAGUAUUUUUCUGGCAAAGCAUCUCGCGUUAUCCUAAGAGCUUAAGCCAUAGCUUUUUAUUCAUCGGUCUUCACUGAAAGUCCACAGUGUAGGGGGUACUAUGGCCAGAUUUAGGGGAAACGUGACCAUACAGGAGAUAAACCCUUGGAACACAAGUUCGUCUGCGUCAGUUCCAUGUCUUAGAUACUAAAAGUAACUUGGAUAAAUUAAAUCAUUACAGUAAUGUUGCUUAAUGAAUAUUCCUUUUGAACCAUUUACUGUACCAUUGCUCUGAUUUUUCAUUGUUUUUGUCACCUAUGUAAAACUAAUAAAACAUUA